CACACGCGCUGCUUACACGCCAAACUUCAACCCGCGCGCACGUUGCCCUUACCCAUCUUUCGUCCACAUCUGCAGCACAGACACGUGCGACACGAGCCGUGCCCGCUUUUGUUGGUGGAGUGUGCGGAUAGCAUCUCCAAGAGCCCUUGAUCCCUGUUCUUUGUCCUCUCUCCUUCUCUCUCUCCUUCUCUCUCUCCUUCUCUCUCUCCUUCUCUCUCUCUUUCACCACACAACACAUAGCACACAACCAUGCCUCAGAACGAACACAUUGAGCGGCAUCGCAAGCUGCAUGGCCGCCGACUGGACCACGAGGAGCGCAUGCGCAAGAAGGCUGCACGCGAGGUGCAUCGCGUCUCCAAGCAGGCACAGAAGCUGCGCGGUAUCAAGGCCAAGCUCUUCAACAAGAAGCGCCAUGCCGAGAAGAUCCAGAUGAAGAAGACGCUUGCCAUGCACGAGGAGCGCAAGAGCAAGAAGAAGAAGGAGGCCGAUGUUCCAGAAGGCGCCAUCCCCCGCGUAUCUUAUGGAUCGUUGAAGGCGACGUUCAAGCUUCCCAUCCUGGGCGUGAAGAAGAACCCGUCGUCGCCGCUGUUCACGCAGCUCGGCGUGAUCACCAAGGGCACCAUCCUCGAGGUGAAUGUCAGCGAGCUCGGGCUCGUCACCACGGGCGGUAAGGUCGUGUGGGGCAAGUAG